AUGUCUAGAUCAUUGCUCAAUGGUGUCUACACCUUUCAGAAGAAUCAUUCCUCACCACCAUAUAAGGUAUAUUGUCACAUGACAGAUAUCCCAGGAUGUGGGGUUGGAGGUUGGACCCUAGUGAUGAAGCUUGAUGGGACUAAGAAAACAUUUAUCUAUGGUUCCUCCCUGUGGACAAACAAAGAGACAUACGCAGUACAAGAUGGUCUGGAAGGAUUGACAGAGAAAGAAAGCAAGUUGGCUUCGUAUUGGAAUACUCCGUUCACAAAGAUUUGCCUGGGUAUGUCGUAUAACGGAGACAGAAAAUGGAUGAGCUUCAACUACACUGCAACUUCGCUGUACAGUGUGAUCGCAGACGGCCAAUUUAGGGCAACAACCGCUGGCAGAGCAGCAUGGAAAUCCCUGAUCGCGGACUCGUCACUUCAGAAAAACUGCGACAGGGAAGGCUUUAAUAAUGAAUACCGACAUUCAAGAAUGCGAAUUGGACUCGUAGCCAAUAACGAGGAAGAUUGUAAUUCGUGUGAUUCUUGGCUUGGCUAUGGAGCUGGAAGGACUUGCGGAAAUGUUGCUAGGCACCAACCCGAUAACGGUGAUAAAAAUUUGGCGGCGUUUGGAUACAUUCUUGCUCAAUAA